GCCCGGCCGCUACCCCCUGCUGGGGCGAGCCCGACGCGCGGGUGCGGAGCCGGCGAGGGGGCGUGUGUGCGGCCGCUCCUCCGGGGGGGGGGCUGGUCCCCUCGGAGCCCCGGACUGCCGUGGCCGCCCCGCGCGCCCGCGCCCCUGCGCACCGGAGAGUGGGGGUCCCCGCCCCGCCCCCCGCCCGCCGGGCCCCCUGCGGUUGCCAUGGUGACGCAGGGCCGGCGGCUCCGCGCAGUGGAAACAAAGCGGCCCGCCCGCUCCCGGGCCGCGCUCCUCCUCCGCGGCGCCUCCCUCCUCCCUCGCUCCCUCCCUCGCUCCGUCCCUCCGGGUCCCGCCGCCGCCGCCGCCGCCGCCGCCGCCGCCGCCGCCGCCCCGGGCCAGUUUCUGGAAAGUGAGCCCAGACUUCGGGUGCCCCCGAAGUUCAUUUGGAUUUCGAGCACAGCCGCCUUUGUGGAAGGUGCGGUUACACCUGUAAGGGGACGGGGAGGGGAGCCCGCGUUUCCCCUCCAAGCAGCGACCCGAGUCGGUGCAGCAGCAGGACCGUGGGGACCUCUCAUGUGGCCUUUGUAAAUGUGUGUUUGCGACAGAGUGAAUGUAGAAGCUGAAAAUGCCUGGAAGAUUCCUGGUUUCUGUUGCUACAUGCCCUGCCUUUUUGCAUCAUCGCCUGAUUCGGAUGAGGUGAUGUUCAGAGGGACGCCUUAAUCGACCCGUUGUCAGCGAGUGGCCUCUGGCUGGAGGUAGUACGCACGGUUCAAGAUGGCCAGUCAGCCGCCAGAAGACACAUCAGAGGCUCAGGUCUCUGACGAGCUUGAGUGUAAGAUCUGUUAUAAUCGGUACAACCUGAAGCAGAGGAAACCCAAAGUGCUGGAGUGUUGUCAUCGGGUUUGUGCCAAAUGCCUCUACAAGAUCAUAGACUUUGGGGACUCCCCACAAGGCGUCAUCGUCUGUCCUUUCUGCAGGUUCGAGACAUGCCUGCCAGAUGAUGAAGUCAGCAGCCUGCCGGACGACAACAACAUCCUGGUAAACUUGACUUGUGGAGGCAGAGGCAAGAAGUGCCUGCCAGAGAACCCUACUGAGCUGCUGCUGACUCCCAAGAGGCUGGCAUCUCUCGUAAGUCCUUCACAUGCUUCCUCCAACUGCCUGGUCAUAACCAUCAUGGAGGUGCAGCGAGAGAGCUCCCCAUCUCUGAGCUCCACUCCUGUGGUAGAAUUUUACAGGCCCGCAAGCUUCGACUCUGUUACCACUGUGUCACACAACUGGACUGUGUGGAACUGCACAUCCCUGCUCUUUCAGACGUCUAUCCGCGUGUUGGUUUGGCUGCUAGGUUUGCUCUACUUCAGCUCCUUACCUUUAGGCAUCUACUUACUGGUGUCUAAGAAGGUCACCCUCGGGGUUGUCUUUGUCAGCCUCGUCCCUUCGAGCCUUGUUAUUCUCAUGGUGUAUGGUUUUUGCCAGUGUGUUUGUCAUGAAUUUCUAGACUGUAUGGCACCUUCUUCUUAAUCGAUAUGCAGACUAAGAAAUUUGACACACAUUGCCAUCUUUAAAGUUAGGUAAUUUAUCGUUUAUUUAUUUUAUAUUCUCUCUGAUUAGUGUCUGUGAUGUUAACAAGCCACUGGCCAAAUGUUUGUGGUCUGUUUUCUAUAAAAAUUUUGACUCAGUUGGUUUUCCUGUGUGCUGGGCAUCAAAAAUGUUCAUUUCUACUUAGGUGUUCGAGACGCAAAAAUGUUUAAGGUAAGCCUUCAUAAAGAUCUUUUUGUGAGUCUUCCCACAGAAAGGGUGGGAUUUCACUCAGCCCUGCUAGACAGGCACCAGAGGUGCAGUGUGUUAGGCAGUAGUUGGGGUCUUUGUGGAACGCCAGGGAUGAACUAACUCCUCUCUUAAUCCUCGGGAAUCUCUGAUGGAUGGUGGACACGAGAGGAAAACUGUUCCAAGACACAUCCACUUGAAAGGUGUGACUUCCCCCACCCCAUGCCCCCUCCUAUAUCCCCCUCCAACACCCCUCCCGCAUCCCCCUCCUACACAAUUCUUCUUUACACUCCUC